CUCAUGGAAUCAGCUGGCAGCUCUGGCGCUGUCUCGGGCGGUCGACUUCGGAAGUCACGCAGACCUAGUUGUCCCCGAAGACCAGUGCGGCUCUGGUAUCCUCUGCACCCACUAAUUCACUCACGAACUUACCCUGUUAAUCAUCGCCAAAAUGAGAUAGCGCCUAGAACUGGGUAUCGAGUACCGGCCGGGUUUCUCAACAACUACGAGAAAAUAUCCUCAACUGCUUGUUUACUGAAUCGUUCACCAAUUAAAAGGAAAUUAGAUUUGGCAAUGAUAGCAGAGGAGCCGAAUGAGGCGGAGAAAGAAAAAAACGACAAAAAUGAGCGACAGAAAACUCCUCCGAGUGAUGUUCCUCCGCGAAUGGAUAAAUAUGACAGAUUGAAUUCUUCGUCCACUUUAAAGCAGUGUUUCUUUCCCUGGCCCAAACAACUAGACCAAGUAUCUCUUUUGAAGCCCGUGUCUUUUGUGUUUGUUCACGUUGAUGAAAAUGUGGCGACUGCUAUUAUGAGAAUUGGCCCCGAAUGUGAAAAGGGAACUGUCUUCGGUUGAUGCUCAAAUGAAGAUGAUUUGUACGUUGCUCAAUGGAAAGUGCCUUCUCACAAUUGGAAGCAAACUCGUGCUGGUUGAAAAAGGAACUCAAUUUGUAAUUGGGCCUAGGCAAAUUUAUGCUAUCAGAAACAUUACUAUGAAGAGAAUUGAUUUCAAUGUAACAGUGCUAAAACUAAUUUGAGAAUUUGAAUAGUAGGUUAAAUUCAAAUGAAUAAAAUGCCAAUGAAAAUGUACAAAUUGAUCUGAAAUUGUUGAAUUAAUU